AUGUGGGAUAAAGAUAUUAAAGAACCAAAAUUGAAGUCUACUUUGUCUAAUGAGUGGAUUUACCAUUCCCCUAUUGCCACACCGAGGUCCUCUUCUCCUCCAAGCAGAGUAGGAGAAGCAAUAUUUAACAAAUAUAAUGAGCUAAUUCAUUCAAAGACUAAUAUAGCAAAUGACGCCAAGCAAGCUGAACCCUUAGAGAGACCAUUUGAUUUCGACGACGAAGAGUUCGCAUUUGGAAUAAAUCUUUUGAAUAAGAAUGUAGCUUGCGUCGGAGACAAUAUUACAAAAUUAAUUCACAUGGGUAAGUAA